AACAGUUGUAGCUAUUGCUGAGAAACGAAUCAGCGGGGCAGCAGUAUAUCCUCAUCUUCAAGCAAAGCUCACCUGCGUGCGUAGUGCCUCGCUGAAAACUUGACAAAAUGGCAUGGUACUCACGCGCUCUGCUCCCGUUGCUCCUUCUCCUAGCAUGCGCCCUCGUCCAGAGCUCCUACGGCUCGAGGUCGCCGCCGGGGGAGCCGCAGAAGGCUGAGGUCCUCCUACGUCCGCUCCAAUCACGCGGUGGCGUGGACGAAGGCACGCCCUCGACGGAGUUGGGGGCGAAUGGUCGCCGUGGAGUGGACGGUGACGGUGCUGGCGCUGGACCGGAGCGAAGGGACGGAAGAGCGGUGGUGCAGCCGGUCCUGAGAACAGCGGCGAGUCCGAAGGUGGCGCGCCGGGUUCUGCAGGGAGGGGUGGCGGCCGACUCGACGGCCAAGUCGUCGUGCCGCUCCCAUGACGCUAGCGUAACAUGCCCCCCCUCCGGCGCUGCACAAACGCACGGCCGCGAUGGACGGCGUACCUGACAUGCUAGUGCUUGCCGGCUUACCGCCCGCUCGUAGUAGUCCAUCGAUCUGAUCAUUCAUUCAUGAAUCGUCUUAUAGUACUAUAUUAUUGUACUUUCAUUCCCCUUAUUCCUCUAUCCAAUUAACUUCCGUGCUAGAUCAGUAUGUGAUCGUAAGAUAUAUGAAAUCAUAUGGAUUAAAAUUUGCUAUAUGAUCUUCACGUAUGGUCUACUUCAAGGGUUUUAGCUCUCCAUGAAACGGGUAUAAGAGCAGUACUAUCGCACGGACACA